AUGUCAAGCCGUGAAACUGCCACAUUUAGUUGUGAAACGAGGAGAGCGUAUAUCGCUACGCAAGCACCUUUACCUCAUACCUUCGGUGAUUUCUGGGAGAUGGUUUGGCAGGAACGAUCGAAUAUUAUCGUUGUUAUCACGAAACUGGUCGAGCACGGAAGGCGUAAAUGUGAUCAGUAUUGGCCUUGUUCAGCGGGGCAAUCACAAACGCAUGGUAAUUUCACGGUAACGCUCGACCUAGAACGGCCCAAUGCACAUUUCGUUCAUCGUUUCUUAACACUCAAGUCUUCACAUUGCCUUAUGACGGAGCGCCAAGUCCACCAGGUGCACUUUACUUCUUGGCCGGACCACGGUGUACCGUCGAAUGUAUUUCCGUUGUUGUCUUUCUUGAAAUAUGUAUCCGAUAUUCACAGCACAGGACCGAUCGUUGUUCACUGCAGUGCCGGUGUUGGACGUUCAGGGUCUUUCAUGCUAAUUGAUAGCAUGCGAAGGCAUUUGGUGGUUUCUGAUUCACUUAAUAUUGAAGCACAUCUGAGGCAUAUACGGCAGCAGAGAGCGAAGCUCGUGCAAACAGUGGUAACGUUUUGA